CUUCUCUUCUCUGUGCACUUCUACUACUCCGGUGUGUCAGAGACAAACUAUUAAGAUCAGAAAAGCAUGCAUGAAGUGUCUGUUAUUCCCGGAGCAUGAUUAGACGUGUUUUAGGCUGAGGUUGUUGAGACUUGCAGAGUGAACAAAAUUAACGUCACUUUGUUGUCAUUUUGACUGUCCUGUUCCCAGUUGUUGAUGGGUUUUGAAACUAGUUUAGUGUGUGUUUUGCUUUUGGCUAAAAAAAAACGGUCUCCCAGACUCGUCAAACAAAACUCUGGAAAUGUGCCUCCCCCUUUUUUCUUUUAUUGGCACAUCAGCUGCUGUCCCAUGACCACGUAUUCACUCUUCCACUCUGGUGAACUGAGAGCAAUCCCAGUGUGAGUGCUGCUUUUUACUGAGAACUAGUCUCUGUGUUUCUUUUUGUCUUUUCAUCUAAAACUAUAAUUUUAUUGUUAGGACCUAUUCAAACAAAACUGUUUGGUGCACAAAUGUACAAAAGUUCCCACAUCUUGGUUUGUAAUGUGGAGUCAAACGAUAGUGAAGUUCGUGCUUUUUAGAAGGCAUGGUGGCUUCAGGAAGGGAAAAAGCAACAGGAAAUGAAAGGUUUCAGCUGGAAAUCUUCACAUGACAGACACAGACCCGUGGUAACCUGAACCAGGCUGUUCCCUCUCAUUCACUCAGGAAGCUCAGCUUUAUCAAACUCAAACUUAUUCUUCAUUGUGGAGACCCUAAUCUCCCCUUAUCUCGGGGGAAGCGGCUGAGCCAAUGGCGCUGUGUCUCGGACAAGUGUUCAGCAAAGCCAAAACAUUCAGGCCAAGGAAGCGCUUUGAGCCCGGCACACAGCGCUUCGAACUCUACAAGAAGGCCCAGGCCUCGCUCAAGUCAGGUCUGGACCUGAGGAAGGUGGUACAGCUGCCCGAGGGGGAGAACCUCAACGACUGGAUCGCAGUUCACGUGGUGGAUUUCUUCAAUAGGAUCAACCUGAUCUAUGGCACCGUCAGCGAGUACUGCAGCGAGCGCACGUGCCCCAUCAUGUCCGGGGGCCUGAAGUACGAGUACAGAUGGCAGGAUGGUGAGGACUACAAGAAGCCCACCAAGCUGCCUGCCAUCAAGUACAUGAACCUGCUGAUGGACUGGAUAGAGUCUCUAAUCAACAAUGAGGACAUCUUCCCCACCAGAGUAGGUGUGCCAUUUCCCAAGAACUUCCAGCAGGUGUGCAAGAAGAUCCUGAGCCGUCUCUUCAGGGUGUUUGUGCAUGUUUACAUCCAUCACUUUGACAGCAUCUGCAGCAUGGGAGCCGAGGCCCACAUCAACACCUGCUACAAACACUACUACUACUUCAUCUCAGAGUUCAGUCUCAUUGAUAACUCUGAACUGGAGCCUCUGAGGGAGAUGACAGAGAAGAUAUGUACUUGACGAGGAGCACAUGGACAAAGGAGUUUACACUAUGACGUUAUCUGAGCCCCCGGAGAAAACACCAUCUGUAAAACAUUCCAAACGUUGGACAGCUUCAUGGAUUUCACUUACCUUCCACUUUCCCUUGCAAAGAGACGCUGUAUCUUCGGAGAUAGUGCACGUUUUGUGGUGCUAUAUUUUUAUACUUCUGUGUCCAGCUUUGGCAAAACGCCACUUCAUUUUUUUCUUUUUUUUUUUGCAUUUUAUGUGGUUUUGCUUCAAGUUUGUGUUUUUAUGUGUUGUACUUGACAUAUGAACUUUUUUGGUUAUAAAUGUUUUUA